AUCAAAAAAAAUUCAGAAUCUUCGGGAGUUUAAUUCACUUUCCAUGUCUAAUCCACAGUUAUUCUUGACCAAACUGUUCUACAUGGCAAUUUGCAGAAAAUUCUACAGUCUGUGCAACAUGGAAGAGGGACAGUCAGCAACACUGCACUUAGUGUCUAACCCAAAGACAGCAGUAUCACUCAGGAUGGAAAAUCCCAUUGGUAUACAGGAGCUGCUAGAUCGUUCACAUGAAGUAAGGAAGACAAAGUGUGGACCACUGGGCUGAGUACACAAACGCUAUGUCUGCUUUUUAUACACCUCACAGUCACAAGACAUGCAGUUUUGCUGUGUAUUGUCAUAGUAAUUUCUGCCAAAACAUAGACAGUUCAUGCAGUGUAAACACUGCAGAAGGAGCAGUGAUGGGGCCAUAGAUGUGUCCUUCAAUGCAGAUUUUACCCUCACUAAUAUCAUGAGUUUGCUAGCACACAGGUAGAUUUCUCACUUGAGAAAUAAUGUCUCUAGAGUUAGCAUACACAGUAAUUCAGCCUGUUUUGAAAAAAAUAAAAACAAAAGCAAACCCCAACAAACAAACAAACAAAAACCCCACAAAAACAAAACAAAACAAAACAACCCACAAAAAACCCAACCAAACCAACCAAGCAAGCGAUCUCCACAGACAAAACCAAAAAAACCCAAAAAAACCCCUACCCCAAACCAAACCCAAACACUUUUAGGAUACAGUUUGAAUGUAAUGACUUAAUAUUCCUCUGAAGCUCUUUCUCAAAUGAAGCUAUUUCCCAAGCACGAGAAUAGGACACUUUAAAGAGAGCUUUGUGAAAUAAUAGAAAGCAAAUGCUCUAUGUGGUAUUUGGGGGCUAAAGUAUUUUGAGAAAGCCAGGUGCAACCAUAUGUUUAUAUUGUGUUUAGGCGUUUACUCUUAGGAGUUGAGAAUGUGAUUCUUUAAAUGCCAGCAUUAAUAGCGAUAAAGCCCUCCAGGGACAGCGAUGGUGCCUUUUUCUGAGGGGCAGUCAAUCACUCACUUUUCAAGAAAAGGCAGGCUGCUCGUUUUACUCGCAGGCUUAGGUUCUCUGCUACAGGCAAAUCGCUUUCCUGCUUCCCUUAAGAGAGCAGAACUUGCAACGCUCUUUCAGCUGAAAGUGUAAAAAAAAAAAAAUUAAAAAAUUAAAAAAGGAAGAAAAAUCGUGUCGCCGGGAAAGGCUGUGCAGCGGGCAGCGCCAGCGGUGCCGAGACGCAGGCAGGGCGCGGGCAGCGCCGGGCAGGGCGGGCGGAGCGCUGCCCGCCCAGCACCGCCCCCGGGCCGCCCGCCCGGCUCCCACCUGCCGCCGCCAGGGGUGUCCAGCGCCGCGCCGAGCGGGAGCGCUGCGCUGCCGGCAGCGGCCGAGAGCCCAGCCCGCCUGCCGCCGCAGCCCCGCGCCUCGGGGGCAGCGCGGGAGAUCCUCGCCCCUGCUCCUCAGGGCUUGCUGCUGGCAGAGCGAGGAGCAGAUCCGGGGGUGUGCGUGCGUGUGCCAGGAGAUGCGGAGCGCGUUCGGCUGAGGUGUGUGGCCCCUGGGAAGCUCCGCGAGAGGAGGCGGAGAGAGGCGGUGGGAAAGAGGCAGGAGCAGAACUGAAGUACAGCACAGCUGUUUCCGAAUACUCUGGUUCUUUUGGGUGCCUCAAUGAAUGUGAACAUGGAUUCUGUCACCGAAAUCUUCUUGAAGCUGCUCUUUCUCCUGUCUGUUCAUCACCAGCAUAUGGCAGUGGCAGGAAAUAAAUAUAAUUGUGAUGAUCAGUUGGUGUCUUCUUUGCCUCAGUCAUCGUUCAGUAGCUCAUCAGAGCUAUCUAGCAGUCACAGCCCGGGAUUUGCAAGGCUUAAUCGAAGAGAGGGUGCUGGUGGUUGGUCUCCACUUGUGUCCAACAAAUAUCAGUGGCUUCAGAUUGAUCUUGGUGAAAGAACUGAGAUUACUGCUGUUGCUACUCAAGGUGGUUACGGGAGCUCAGACUGGGUAACAAGCUACCUUCUGAUGUUCAGUGACAGUGGACGAAAUUGGAAGCAAUAUCGUCAGGAGGAGAGCAUUUGGGCCUUUUCUGGAAACACAAAUGCAGACAGUGUUGUGUACUAUAAGCUGCAGCAUUCUAUUAAAGCAAGAUUUCUCCGUUUUGUGCCUUUGGACUGGAAUCCAAAUGGCAGGAUUGGAAUGCGCAUUGAAGUGUAUGGAUGCACAUAUAGGUCUGAGGUGGUUGGCUUUGAUGGGAAAAGUUGUCUAAUUUACACAUUAAAUAAAAAACUCAUUAAUGCACAGAAAGAUGUGAUUUCUCUGAAGUUUAAGACAAUGCAAAGUGAUGGAAUUCUCCUCCACAGAGAAGGACAAAAUGGAGACCACAUCACCAUGGAAUUAACUAAAGGGAAGCUGUCCCUACUCAUUAAUUUAGGUGAUACUAAAACUCAUCCUUCUAAUGCCCAAAUUAAUAUUACGCUGGGCAGCCUUUUGGAUGAUCAGCACUGGCAUUCUGUUCUCAUUGAGCAUUUUAACAAUCAAGUAAACUUUACAGUGGAUAAACACACUCAUCAUUUUCAUGCAAAAGGAGAAUUCAGUUAUUUGGACCUUGAUUAUGAGCUCAGCUUUGGAGGGAUCCCAGUGCCUGGAAAAUCAGGGACAUUAUCACGGAGGAACUUUCAUGGGUGUUUUGAAAAUAUUUAUUAUAAUGGAGUGAACAUUAUUGACCUGGCCAGGAAACAUAAAUCUCAGAUCUACAUUGUGGGCAAUGUGUCCUUCUCAUGUUUAGAGCCACAGGUGGUUCCUGUUACAUUUCUGAGCUCCAGCAGUUUCCUGGCACUGCCAGGCACAUCAGGGCAAGAUGAAGUAUUUGUCAGUUUUCAGUUUCGCACUUGGAACAAGGAAGGACUUCUAUUAUCCAGUAAACUGCACCAGUCUUCAAGUGGUUUCUUCUUAUUUCUGAGUGAUGGGAGAGUCAAAAUCAAUCUUCAUAAAACAGGAAGAGUACUGAGUGACAUCGCUGCAGGUGCUGGAUUAAAUAAUGGCCAGUGGCAUUCUGUCUCUCUCUCUAUCAAAAGGAAUCGUAUCAGUGUAAGAGUGGACAGUGAUGUGACCUCGUCUGCUCAUGCCAUCAUACCUCUGCAGAUUUAUUCAGAUGUUUUCUACUUUGGAGGUUGUCCUAGCAGUGGAAACAUUUCUGAAUGUAAUACCUCAUUUGGUGGUUUUCAAGGAUGCAUGCGACUUAUUUCCAUUGGUAACAAAGCAGUGGAUAUGAUCUCUAUUCAGCAAAAUGGUUUUGGCAAUUUCAGUGAUCUUCAGAUAGAUUUAUGUGGCAUUACAGACAGGUGUUUGCCUAAUUACUGUGAACACGGUGGUGAGUGCUCACAGUCCUGGAACAGUUUCCACUGUAACUGUGCGAAUACUGGGUACAAAGGAGCUACUUGUCACUAUCCCAUCUAUGAGCAAUCAUGUGAAGCCUAUAAGCACAGAGGGAACACUUCAGGCUUUUACAAUAUUGAUUCAGAUGGAAGUGGCCCCUUGGGACCAUUUCUUGUAUACUGCAAUAUGACAGAUGCAACGUGGACAAUUAUACAGCAUAACAGCACCAACCUAACCAGAGUUAAAAGUGCUAAUCGGGAGAACCCACACACUGUGUUUUUCAAGUAUUCUGCCAGCCUAGACCAGCUUCAGGCUACAAUAAACCUUGCAGAUCACUGUGAACAGGAGCUUGCUUACUACUGCAAAAAGUCAAGGCUUUUAGAUAAGUCAGAUGGGAUGCCACUGAGCUGGUGGAUUGGAAGAACCAAUGAAACUCAUACUUACUGGGGAGGUUCCUUGCCUGCUGUACAAAAGUGUGCUUGUGGACUGGAGGGAAGCUGCAUUGAUUCCCAGCAUUACUGCAACUGUGAUGCGGACAGGGAUGAAUGGACUAAUGAUACUGGCUUCCUCUCCUACAAGGACCAUCUACCAGUAACUGAGAUUGUGAUCACAGAUACUGACAGACCAAACUCGGAAGCCGCUUACAAACUGGGGCCUUUGCUUUGCCGUGGUGACAGAACAUUUUGGAAUUCAGCUUCCUUCAACACAGAGACAUCCUACCUGCAUUUCCCCACCUUCCAUGGAGAACUAAGCGCAGAUGUCUCAUUUUUCUUUAAAACUACUGCCUCCUCAGGAGUGUUUUUAGAGAACCUGGGAAUUCAAGACUUCAUAAGGAUAGAGUUACAGUCUCCAUCUGAAGUGUUUUUUUCAUUUGACGUGGGAAAUGGACCUAGCGAAGUCGUAGUGCAAUCACGCCAUCCCUUAAAUGACAACCAGUGGCAUUAUGUGAAGGCUGAACGAAAUGUCAAAGAGGCUUCUUUGCAAGUAGAUCAGCUUCCUCAAAGAUCUCGCAGUGCUCCACCUGACGGACAUAUUCGUUUGCAGCUCAACAGCCAGCUCUUUGUAGGUGGAACAGCAUCCAGGCAAAAGGGAUUUUUAGGAUGCAUUCGUUCAUUGCGGUUGAAUGGAAUGGCCCUUGAUCUGGAAGAGAGAGCAAAGAUAACACCAGGAGUUGAACCAGGCUGUCCUGGACAUUGUAGCAGCUAUGGUAGCCUGUGUCACAAUGGUGGAAAAUGUAGAGAGAAAUACAGUGGAUUCUCCUGUGACUGCACUUUCUCAGCCUAUGGUGGUCCAUUCUGUAAGAAAGAGAUCUCUGCCUAUUUUUGGACUGGCACUUCUGUCACAUACAACUUUCAGGAGUACUACACAUUAGCUAAAAAUUCCAGUUCUCAUGCUUCUUCUUUCUACGCUGACAUGACACUGGCCAGGGAAGCAAUUGCAUUUGCCUUUCGAACAACACGGACACCAAGCUUACUGCUCUACGUCAGCUCCUUCUACAAGGAGUACCUCUCGGUCAUUCUCACCAGGAACGGAAGUUUACAGGUUAGGUACAAGCUAGAUAGCCAUCAAGACCCUGAUGUCUUCAGCAUCAGUUUCAAAAGCAUGGCUGAUGGACAGCUACAACACGUGAAGAUUAAUAGAGAGGAGGAAACGCUCUUUGUAGAGGUUAACCAGAAGGAAAGAAUGAAGUUCAUUCUGUCUUCAGGCAUAGAAUUGAAUGCAAUCAAGUCUCUCACACUUGGCAAGAUUUUAGAAAACAGUGAAGUAGAUGAGGAGACUAUGAAGGCAAACUCUCAGGGGUUUGUUGGCUGUCUAUCUUCAGUGCAGUUCAACCACAUUGCUCCUUUGAAGGCUGCACUGCACCAAAGCAGCUCAGCCCCUGUCAUUGUAAAAGGACGUUUCACCGAAUCCAGCUGUGGAACUUUAACUGGAGCUGACUCGACAUCAAGUGAAACAACCCAUUCAUUUGCAGAUCACUCUGGACCAAUAGAUGAGGGAAAGCCCUUAGCUAAUGCAAUCAGAAGUGACUCUGCAGUUAUUGGAGGUGUGAUAGCAGUUGUCAUAUUCAUCCUACUUUGCAUCACGGCCAUAGCCAUACGUAUUUAUAAAAAAAAAGUCAUAUACUCAAAAAAUGAGGCAAAAGGAUCUGAAAAUGAAGACAGUGCUGAAUCUGCAUUGAAAAGUGAGCUCAGCAUGCAAAACACAGCCAACGAAAAUCAAAAGGAAUACUUCUUCUGAUUGUCAUUAAUGAUUUAAUCUAAUAUAAUAAUGUGACAGUCUGACUUUCUUGCUAAGCCAGGGGGCUCUCACUGGACAGAAAAAAUUCUUGCACACUACUCUAAAUGCAAUGGAUUUGAGACUUACUAUAUUCAAUAUGUUCAGUCUCAGUGAUUGCUGUAGCAGGCCUCUUCAAAUUACAUGCAUUCCUUAGCUAUUAUACCGUAAAUGCAUUUUAUGUAACAGUGAAUUAGAUAUUGUAACCAAUUUCAUUGUUGGUAGUUUCCGACUGUUCAAAUGUGACCUUCUACAAAUGAAGUUUAAUGUACACACUGAAUAUGAUUUUUGAAUGGGAAAAUUGUUAUGAAUUUAUUCCUAUCCUUUUCUUUAAAAUUUGAUUGAUGAUUUUUGUUCAAGGUAAAAGGUAGAUUCUAAUACUUUGUGUUACUAAAGAAAUUCUGCUGUGCUGCAUUAUGGUGAUCCGUCUUACUUCCUCAAACUGAAAAUGCCUUUUGAGCUGCUGUUGGCUUUUGUCAGCAUCUGCUUGUGAGCCAUGGAAUUUGAUGUCCAGAACAAAUUGUAUUUAUUUCCCCUGGGAUGUGACUGAUAUCUUCAUUAUCCCUUCCUUUUGGUGGGCUUAGCAGAACUGAAGGGU